AUAAUACAAUAAGCAAUCACGCUAUACCUCAAUAUGGAAUCAACGUAAUAAUAAUUACGCUCAGACUCGCAACCACGCUAUUCCUCAAUCCGGAAUAACCAUACACAGGCUUAUAAAAAACAUUUACAUAAUUUACUACAUUUCUUCUGCCUCAAAUUUUAUUAUGCUUCAAUUUAAUCAUACCACUUAUUUGUUUUUGUAUUCAUUUUCCCUUAUUCUCAAAUAUUUAUAUUAUAGGUAGUUUGUAUUUCAGGUUAUCUUCAACAAGGAGAAACUAAAAUGGAAAUUCUGGAGACACUAAUUGGACAUUCAUCUUACGAUGGCAAUUAUAUGGGUACACACGAUGAAGGAAAAACAAUAAAUCAAAAUAUGAAAGUUGCGACUGGACGACGAUCUUACAAAUGUGAAAUUUGUUUUAAGCAGUUUACUACAGCCAGUCAUUUGAAAAGACAUUUAAGAGUGCACACUGGAGACAAUCCGUACAAGUGUGCUAUUUGUUAUAAGCAGUUUACUGAUAGAAAUAAUUUAACAACACAUUUGAGAGUGCACACUGGAGAGAAACCAUACAAGUGUGAAAUUUGUUUUAAACAAUUUAGUGAAGCAGGUACUUUGAAAAUCCAUUUGAGAGUGCACACUGGGGAUAAACCUUAUAAGUGUGAAAUUUGUUUUAAGCAGUUUAGUGAAGCAGGUACUUUGAAAACACAUUUGAGAAUGCACACUGGCGAAAAGCCGUACAAGUGUGAAAUUUGUUUUAAGCAGUUUGCGCAAUCGGAAAAUUUGAAAACACAUUUGAGAGUGCAUACUGGAGAAAAACCUUAUAAGUGUGAAAUUUGUUUUAAGCAGUUUACUACAAACACUGUUUUGAAAACACAUUUGAGACUGCACACUGGGGAGAAACCUUAUAAGUGUGAAAUUUGUUUCAAGCAGUAUACGCAAUCAGAAAAUUUGAAAACACAUUUGAGAGUGCAUAAUGGGGAAAAACCUUAUAAGUGUGAAAUUUGUUUUAAGCAGUUUACUACAAACAAUUAUUUGAAAACACAUUUGAGAGUGCACACUGGGGAGAAACCUUAUAAGUGUGAAAUUUGUUUUAAGCAGUUUCGCCAAACAGAUAAUUUGAAAACACAUUUGAGAGUACAUACGGGGGAAAAACCUUACAAGUGUGAAAUUUGUUUUAUGCAGUUUAGUGGUGCAGGUAAUUUGAAAAGACAUUUGAGAGUGCACACUGGCGAAAAACCUUACAAGUGUGAAAUUUGUUUUAAGCAGUUUAGUGGAGCAGGUAAUUUGAAAAGACAUUUGAGAGUACACACUGGCGAAAAUCCAUAAAAGUGUGAAAUUUGUUUUAAGCAGUUUACACAAUCGGAAAAUUUGAAAACACAUUUGAGAGUGCAUACUGGGGAAAAAACCUUAUGUGUGAAAUUUGUUUUAAGCAGUUUAUAUAAGCAGUUGUUAUAAGUGCGAAAUUUGUUUUAAGCAGUUUCGCCAAGCAGAUAAUUUGAAAACACAUUUGAGAGUACAUACGGGGGAAAAACUUUACAAGUAUGAAAUUUGUUUUAAGCAGUUUAGCGGAGCAGGUAAUUUAAAAAGACAUUUGAGAGUGCACACUGGCGAAAAACCAUAAAAGUGUGAAAUCACUCUUAAGCAGUUUACUAUAAACACUGAUUUGAAAACACAUUUGAGAGUUCAUACUGGGGAAAACCCUACAAGUGUGAAAUUUGUUUUAAGCAGUUUAGUGGAGCAGGUAAUUUGAAGACAUUUGAGAGUGCACACUGGCGAAACACCAUAAAAGUGUGAAAUUUGUUUUAAGCAGUUUACUACAGCAGAUUAUCUAAAAAUGCAUUUUUUGAGAAUGUGCACACUGGAGUAUAAUUGUGCAAGUGUAAAAUUUGUUUUAAGUAGUUUCUUACAGCAAGUAAUUUGAAAACACAUUUGUGAGUACACACUGCAGAAAACCCUUACAAGAGUGAAAUUUGUUUUAAGCAGUUUAAUUUUAGCAUGUCAUUUGAAAACACAUUUGAGAGUGCACACUGGAGAAAAACUGUAUAAGCGUAAAAUUUGUUUUUGAUGUGUAUUUAAUUGUAAGUUUCGGAGUUGCUUGGCAACGUUACGUUGGACUGUCAACGGUGACGUAUGACAGGUAACCGGGAAAUGGAAGGAGGGUCAUCUCUCAUCUCUGUAUAAGAUAUUUUAUAAUAAAGUAGUUAAAGUAGCAUUUUGUAUUUAUAUCACGGGCUUAAAUACAAGCGUUUAAGCAAGUUUUAAGCAGUAUAGCCAGGCAAGUCAUUUGAGAGUACAUACCUACAAGCUGGAGAAAAGCCUAAGGUUACACUUACAUUGGAACCGUAUUUCCCCCGAGCCGACAUCGUGAGACCGUCCGGUCGACGUCGGAUUGAAAACAAACUCGAGGUAUUAAUACGUAGUGAACAAACUCGAGGUAUUAAUACGUAGUGCCUACCAGUGGGAAAUCCGAUCCGAUAACAUCCGAUGUCGGAUUGACUAGCUUCUCCUAUCAAACGUGUUUGGUUUCAUUCUGAUUUUUCGUUCCAACGAGACCCAAAUGGCAGAAAUGGGCAGAGACAUGUUUUGCUCGAUAAAGGUUGAUUGAUGGCGAGAAAUGAGCCUCGUUUGUGGGAUUAGAGGCUCAAAUCAUAUCAGAAUCGAGACAUUAAAUCCAUUUUAUGGGAGUCCGUUGGAAAUACAUUAUUAGGAAAAGUCAUAUAUGUUAAUAUUUAAGUUAACCGGAUAUGUCGUCUUUUAUUCCUUCAAGAAUAUAAUAAAGCGUUUCCACACUCAUGCGGUGGCACUCCUUGAAUUUAUAAGGGUAUAACGGGCAGUUGUUUUAUGGACAACAGACUCAGUAAAACACAGGUUCAACUAAAAUAAAUACAUUCUUAUUCUUUCGCUACAAAGUAAAAUCAAAAAUAAUGAAAUAAAACAAUAUUCUGCUCUUCGUUCCGCCCCCGAAGAAAGCCCCCUUGGCGGAUGUCUAACAGAAAAACGAAAUUGUAUUUUUCGUCCCAGAGGGCAUUUCCAACAUGUUUUAUCGGAAAAGUGGUCGCGAAUACCUAGUCUUUGCAAGGCUAUAUCAGGUAUAGUAAGUAUAUAAAUAAUGAUAAACUGUAUUAUCCAAAAUGCAAUAUCAAUGUUAGUAUAAUACAAUAAACUGUGACGCUAUACCUCAAUACGGAAUCAACGUAUUAAUAAUUACGCUCAGACUCACAACCACGCUAUUCCUCAAUCCGGAAUAACCAUACACAGGCUUAUAAAAAACAUUUACAUAAUUUACUACACUUCUUCUGCCUCAAAUUUUAUCAUGCUUUAAUUUAGUUAUACCAUUUAUUUGUUUUUGUAUUCAUUUUUCCUUAUUCUCAAAUAAUUAUAUUAUAGGUAGUUUGUAUUUCAGGUUACCUCCAACAAGGAGCAACUAAAAUGGAAAUGAUGGAGACACUAAUUGGACAUUCAUCUUACGAUGUCAAUUAUAUGGGUACACACGAUGAAGGAAAAAAAAUAAAUCAAAAUAUGAAAGUUGCGACUGGACGAAGAUCUUACAAAUGUGAAAUUUGUUUUAAGCAGUUUACUACAGCCAGUCAUUUGAAACGACAUUUAAGAGUGCACACUGGAGACAAUCCGUACAAGUGUUCCAUUUGUUUUAAGCAGUGUACUGAUAGAAGUAAUUUAACAACACAUUUGAGAGUGCACACUGGAGAGAAACCAUACAAGUGUGAAAUUUGUUUUAAACAAUUUAGUGAAGCAGGUAAUUUGAAAAGACAUUUGAGAGUGCACACUGGGGAGAAACCUUAUAAGUGUGAAAUUUGUUUUAAGCAGUUUACUACAAACACUGAUUUCAAAACACAUUUGACAGUGCACACAAAAAAUUUGUUUCAAGCAGUAUACGCGAUCAGAAAAUUUGAAAACACAUUUGAGAGUGCAUAAUGGGGAAAAACCUUAUAAAUGUGAAAUUUGUUUUAAGCAGUUUACUACAAAUACUUAUUUGAAAACACAUUUGAGAGUGCACACUGGUGAGAAACCUUAUAAGUGUGAAAUUUGUUUCAAACAGUUUCGCCAAGCAGAUAAUUUGAAAACACAUUUGAGAGUACAUAGGGGGAAAAACCUUAUAAGUGUGAAAUUUGGUUUAAGCAGUUUAAGCAAUCAGAAAAUUUGAACACACAUUUGAGAGUGCAUACGGCGAAAAACCUUACAAGUGUGAAAUUUGUUUUAAGCAGUUUAGUGGAGCAGGUAAUUUGAAGACAUUUGAGAGUGCACUCUGGCGAAACACCAUAAAAGUGUGAAAUUUGUUUUAAGAAGUUUACUACAGCAAAUUAUCUAAAAAUGUAUUUUUUGAGAGUGUGCACACUGGAGUUAAAUUGUGCAAGUGUAAAAUUUGUUUUAAGCAGUUUCUUACAGCAAGUAAUUUGAAAACACAUUUGUGAGUACACACUGGAGAAAACCCUUACAAGAGUGAAAUUUGUUUUAAGCAGUUUAAUUUUAGCAAGUCAUUUGAAAACACAUUUGAGAGUGCACACUGGAGAAAAACUGUAUGAGCGUAAAAUUUGUUUUUUAUGUGUAUUUAAUUGUAAGUUCCGGAGUUGCUUGCCAACGUUACGUUGGACUGUCAACGGUGACGUAUGACAGGUAACCGGAAAAUGGAAGGAGGGUCAUCUCUCAUCUCUGUAUUAUAUGAGGGUCAUUUUAUAAUAAAGUAGUCAAAGUAGCAUUUUGUAUUUCUAUCACGGGCUCAAAUACAAACGUUUAAGCAAGUUUUAAGCAGUAUAGCCAUACUGGAGAAUAGCCUUAGGUUACACCUACAUUGGAACCGUAUUUCCCCCGAUCUGACAUCGGGCGACCGUCCGGUCGACGUCGGAUUGAAAUCAAACUGAAGGUAUUAAUACGUAGUGCCUACUAGUGAUGUAACGAAUGUCAUUUUUUUAACAUUCGCGAAUACGAAUGCGAAUAUCUGCUACUGACAUUCUCGAAUGAGGAUGCGAAUGCGAAUGUCCAGUUUUUUUUUUAAUUUGUUUCUAUUUUUGUAAUGUUUCCUAAAUUUUUAAUAAAAUGUUAAUUGAUAUUUAGUGUAAAUCAAUCUGAAUCUUAAGCUUUAUUACAUAAUACCAAAUAAUAAAAAAAGUGAAGGCUGAUAAUGUGAUUAUACAAGGUUAAGUUCUAUCUAUCUAUUGCCCUUCAUUUGUCCAAAGUUGGACGUAGGCCUCCCCCUUACUUUUCCAUUCUUCUCGGUUCAGUGCUAAUGCUGUCGAUCUGGUCGCUGCGUAUCUCUUUAGGUCAUUCGAUCAUCUCGUCUGUAGUCUGCCCCUUCCUCUUUUGUAGUCCGAAGGUCUCCAGUGAGUUAUCGCUUCAUUCCAUCUUCCGUCUCUUUGUCUGCUGUUGUGUCCUGCAUAUUUCCAUUUGAGAGUAGCUGCAUGUUUGAGGUUAAGUUACCUUUUCUUAAUAAAAAAAAAGAUGAGAAGUGAAUAGAUUUUGAUUUUAUUAACCUAAUAUUAUCUUAAAAUUAUUUUUUUCUGGUUUUCAUAUUCGCAAAACAUUCGCACAAAUUUCGCGAAUGCGGAUGCGAAUGCGAAUAUGCAAAAACAUGCCAAUAUUCGCGAAUGCGAAUACGAAUAUCCGUUACAUCACUAGUGUCUACACUGCAGCAGGAAGCCCGAUCCGAUAACAUCCGAUGUCGGAUUGACUAGCUUCUCCUAUCAAACUGUUUGGUUUCAUUCUGAUUUUUCGUUCCAACGAGACCCAAAUGGCAGAAAUGGACAGAGAAAUGUUGUUUUGCUAGAUGAUGAUUGAUUGAUCAAAUCAUAUCAGAAUCGAGACAUUAAAGCCAUUUUAUGGGAGUACGUUGGAAAGGCAUUAUUAUUAAAAGUCAUCUAUGUUAAUAUUUAAGUUGGCCAGAUAUGUUGUCUUUUAUUCCUUUAAGACUGUAAUAAAACGUUUCCACACUCAUGCGGUGGCAAUCCUUGAAUUUAUAAGGGUAUAACGGGUAGUUGUUUUAUGUUCUUGUUCUUUCGCUACAAAGUAAAAUAAAAAAAAAAUGAAAUAAAACAAUAUUCUGCUCUUGGCGGAUGUCAGUAAAAGAAAAACGAAAUUGUAUUUUUCGUGCCAGAGGACAUUUCUAACAUAUGUUUUAUCGGAAAAGUCGUCGCGAAUACCUAAUG